CCUGAAACUGCAAACAAAGCAAACAUAUUUCCUCCUUCCUUCCGUCAUCGCUGCACUCAACAAUGUUAAACAACACCAACCACUGCAACCAGGCCAGAGAAACAAAACAGUGCUUUGUUUUAGCCCCGAUGAAUAGCCCAAAGCAUUCGACGGAUGCGUAGCCAUAAAUUCACCCAUUCACCAUCCAUGCCAUUAUCCUGAAACCUCAAACGCGGAGACAGAUACAGCCAAACAAUGUCCUUCUCCCAAACCAUCCCCCUAGGCUACGAAACCCCGCCGUUUCCUUCUCUUUACGUCACCUUAGGCUUCUACCACGACGGAGCCCAAUAUCUCUAUUACACAAACGACAUAUGGCGCUUCACGCUCUUCUGGACACUGCUCUUCUAUAUCGGUGUACAUCUCUCGGCCGCUCUGUGUGCCGUCGUGAUGCAAUGGCGCAGCUGGAAGAUCGUCUGGGCCGUGCUGUUGAUAUACAUACUCAUUGCGGGGUUGGAGGGUUUGCUGGCGGGUAGUGUUACAGGGCUUAUUCUCGGAGCCGUCUAUGAAGCCGGCAAUUAUAAGAUGUCGACCUGGAUUCCGUUUUCGUGGGCGGCCCUUAAUACGCUUGUCUUGGUCCUAUCCAGCUUUUCUAUCCAGGGUGGACUAUAGCGCAGCCACCUGACGGCCUGGCAUGCUUUUUGUUUACGAUAUUAUAGCCUGAGAGCUAACACUUUGCCUCUACGGCAACCACCAAAACUUUUUUGAAAAGCCGUGCUCAGGGUCAUAUGCCUAGCUAAAGUAUAGGGGGUAGUCCGGUCUGCAAAAGGGGAAGAAACUAUACGUAAAGGAUUUGAUCCCAACGCCAUACGCGCAUUAUUCCCCAUCGAAAUUCGCUCGACAGUUGGCAUAAGCAGAUACCACAGAAUAAGAAAUAAAACAGAUAUCGCAUUUCCCCCGUCGUUGCUCUUCCAUCAAGCUGUCUUGCUGGCUUGGCAACGGCCCGCGUUUCCUUACACCGUUCGUGAAAUCCUCAUUUGAAUCACCAGUUGGGCCCUGGCCCUGAAGACCUGGUAUUCCUGAGGACGUGAAACCUCCGCCACCGUGCGAGGGGAAGUUUUGGUUCUGCUGAAGUGUGUUGGGUUGGUGGUGUUGUUGCUGAUGCUGUUGUUGCUGAUGCUGUUGUUGCUGUGAAAAGAACUGAUUUUGUAAAGAUGAUAGAUCCAUGUUUGGUGGGAGGCCACCCCCCUGCAUACUAGGCAUGGGAUAUGGGGGCGGGCGUAAGUUUAGUGGUAUAGAAUCAAGUUGAGGUGGAGGAAACGAGCCGGAGGAAAUCAUUGCCGCCAGACGGCUCGGAUCAACUUGCGGCAUGGAUGACGCCGUGCCCGAUGGAGGUGGCGGUGGUGGCUGCACAGCUCCAAUUCCCGGAAUCAGUCCUGGAAGUCCAACAUUAUCGCCCGCGCCGGGAAUUCCCUGGAUACCCGGAAGGAGUGAGGCGUCGGGUUUCCUUUGGUCGACAAGCCCCUCCGCCUCAUCUUGGAGUUCCUGCUCCUCUUCCUCCUUCAUCUGUCGACGACCAAAUCCACGGCUCCACGUUCCCUGGGCUUCCGCUGCUUCCUCGCCAAUGUGGAAUCUGUCCUUGAGAUAAGUGGUUUCGCCAGGCCGGGCACGGGACCAAAAUCGGGUGAAAUUGUCUUUGGAGCCGGACGCGAGAAUAUGGCCGAGGGGAUGCCAGUCGAGAGUCCAUAUGGUGGAUGAGUGGGCAUAGGGGACACGAUGGGCGGGGAAUAUGACUUGGGCGGGAGUGUUAGCGGGAUCAGCGCUAUCAUAUGGCGCGACAGUGGGGACCUGUCCAGGUGGUAGAUUCUGCUCAUCCAAUAAAUAAUGAUGAAUUGAUCCAUCCUCGCUUCCCGUAGAUAUAAGCGAACUAUGAAUCGGGUGCCAUGUCAUGGAGGAGAUAGGCUUCUCAUGUCCUCGUAAAAUGCAUAUGUCUCGCAUCAUCCGUAGAUCGAAGACGCGGGCACUUUGGUCCCGCGACGAUGUCGCCAGUAGGUUUGUGUUCACGCGCGAGAAUCUAGUGCAGGUAACUGUAUUUUUAUGGCUGUGGAGCGUAGUCAGACAGCGGCCGG